AAAGGUUUAUUCCUCAAGGCUCCACAGCCGAAACGUUGUGUUUGAUUUCUUCUCUUUUCAGCUUGGAAUAAACGACUUGAUAUUUCUGACGUCACGAUUUGAAGGCGGGACAUCCUCCCAGGCAAGGGUGAUUGACAUAUGGAAGCGGAAGUGGCGAGAGGUUAGUGCAGCCUGUGUAGCGAGCGGGAGGUGGAGAUCUUGGAGGAAUCAUAGAUCAAGAAGAUCACGGAGAUCCCUAAUACGCGACCGACCAUAUCGCAGCACCGGCGGACACCUGGGGAAUACGCAUUACAACCCGACCUGCACGGAGCCUCUGGGCGCUGGAGAAGAAGGGAGAGAAAGAGACACAGCCAGGGAGUGCUGAACGCAGGGAUCCGGACACGCUGGUGCAACAAUAACAGGGCUGCCCAUCAGAGCAUCUCCGGGCUCAGACGGACAGAUCGCCGAGUCAGCGCGCACAAUCGCUCAUUGCAUCCGUUUUCGGGAGCAGACGGUCAGGAUGAGCAGUGAGGAGUUGAACCUGGCCGCUGUGCCUGUCCCAGUGGAGGACGUCCAGGGAGAUGGGCGCUGGAUGUCCCAGCACACUCGAUUUGUCCAGGAGUGUAAGGACAAGGAGCCAGAGGUGCUGUUUGUGGGAGACUCCAUGGUGCAGCUCAUGCACCAAUAUGAGGUGUGGAGGGAGCUGUUCUCUCCACUCCAUGCGUUGAAUUUCGGAAUUGGGGGAGACACUACCAGUAAUGUCCUGUGGAGGCUGCAGAACGGCGAGCUGGAGAACAUCCGUCCCAAGGUGGUGGUGGUUUGGGUAGGAACCAACAAUCACGAGCACACAGCUGAGCAGGUUGCCGGGGGCAUCGUUGCCAUCGCAGAGCUGCUCACGUCCCGUCUGCCACAGGCCAAGGUCGUCAUCCUGGGCCUGCUGCCCCGGGGGGAACGUCCCAACCCCCUGCGGGAGAAGAACCAGGCUGUGAACACCAUUCUGCGCUCGGCCCUGCCGCGCCUCGGCCCCGUCCAGUUCCUGGACGUGGGGGCGGGCUUCGUGCACUCUGACGGCACCAUCUCCCCGCGCGACAUGUUUGACUUCCUGCACCUGACUGCCUCUGGGUACCGCGCGGUGGCCAAGCCGCUGAGCGACCUGCUGCUGCAGCUGCUGGACGAGACGCCCGAGGAGAGGCGCGCGUCUCUGGUCUGAUGGGCGCCGGGACACUACCACAGAGAGAGAGCGACCAAGAAACACACGGGCAGUGAAGGACGCACUCUGCAGGGAAACAGAGCAGACUCACACAAGUGCAGCUUGAUCCAUUCCAGGCUCGGGCAUGAGGGCCAGCAGCAGGCACAGGGUUGGAUGGUUGUUCCCCAUUUUUAUAGACGUCUCCGAUGUGAAACAUGUACGGCUGCUUUUCUGCAGUGUCAGUGUAGUUCAAACUGAAUGGGUCCCAUAAGCAUGCAGUGGCUGGCUUAUCUCUUUCCCUGCACUCAGACAAUGAACCACUGGCUUGCACUGACACUGAGAGAAAACUGAGAAUCACACUUUGAGAUAACAUAGCACCCUUCCACUACACAGUGAGGCCAGCCAGGUAUGGACAAGCUAUCAAGCUGCAACCUCAUCAGGGUAACUCUGCCCCUGCCUCUGCAUCUGAUUGGAUAAAAAGGACUUUGCACACCCCAGCCAGAUUGGUCAAGGAUGAGAUGUGGGGUGGGGCAAAAGUUUGCUUUAGUUAACUUGCCCCAAAUUCUGAAACUCCGGAUUUCACUCUUCACCGCCAGGUUACAGGGGCAAUAAAUUGGCUGCACUGGACGUGGGGGAGAGGUGGUCUUUUGGGGUUCCUGGGGAGUAAUACAGGGAGUGUUUAAUACAGAGGAGGCUUGGUGUUGUAUCAAGUGGGGCUGAGGGAGAGAGUGAGAGAGACUUCAAAAAGAGAUUUGUAGCAUCCAGUCCUGGAAUCCUGUAUAAAACUGGAAAACUGGAUAAAAAAAUGGCCAGGAAAACUUGUAAAACUCGUUAGACCUGUGCAAGUCUGUGAGCUAUGCUGAUGCAGCUGGGAAGACAGCCCAUUUGCCUUUAUGUGAAACAGCUCAAAUAUUUGAUGUCUAUGAGGAAUAAAACAGAAAAUCAGCUAGGAUUGUGGAGGUUGGAUCUCCUCAAGAAUUGGACUCCCAUUGCGUAGCUGGUACAGUACGGCUGCAGAUAUUUUAAAAUUGAGUUCUUUUCCUUUCCUGCUUCCUCAGUACAGCUCAGAUGGGGGCCUGCAGCCACACAAACCUGAAAUGGAUCAAACUGCUCUGCGGCUGGAGUCUUCCAGUUUCCCUGUUCUGCCUCACUGUGCAUUGCAUGUGUCCGUGUUGCGUGUCACCACGUCAACAUGUUGGAGUCUGAGAGGUGUCCCGUGUGAGUGUGUGUAUUUCAGCAUACUUGCGUGUCUGUGUCACUACAAUGUGUAUGUUUGGGAGCAAAUGUGCGUGUUGGUCUGAGUGGGGCGGUCAGGAUGUGUGUUUGUGCGUGACUGAUUGUGUAUAUACAGUAUAUAUAUAAAUAUCUAACCGCAGUAGAUGCCUUGUGCUGUAGGAGGCAGUCUGUGCUGUGCAGUGAAAACCUUGAGUAGAAGCACUGUGCUGUGUUGUCCAGACAGAGCAGAGUCUGUGUGCUGGCUGGGCUUAUCUUGUGUUUGAUGUAGCAGAGCAUUUCAAUAAAGGACCAUAGAGCUGA